CAAAUCUCUCAGUAUAAGAUGAUUAGAUCCAAGAUGAGAAGAAAAUGAUGGGGCAGAAAUCCAGGUAAGGGACACAUGGCUCAGGGGUACUGACAACAUUAAUUAGAUGUUCGUAUGAUUGUGAAAGACCAACCUACAUGUCUCUGUCUUGUUAAUAUGUUCUUCAUAUCCCGUAAAAGGAACAAAUAGAACCACCGUUCACCAGUUGUAAGUUGUAACCCCCAACUUUUGAGAUCUUUCCUUUCCAUCUACAUUUUAUAUACUCCUCAAACUUCUCCACUUUUAUUCAUCUUCUCCAUUUCCUCUCUUGCUCUCUGCUUUCACCCAGGACAAGACGAGAAAGAAAAAAGAUGAAUCUUUACUUGAUUUUCUUGUUUGGUAUUUGGCUACUGCUCUUGUGCUCUUCUUCACCGGCAUGUGCUCGAACGGCUGCUUCGCCUCCUUCACUUAGCCCGAUUCCGGCACCGGCUCCGGCCCCCGCCCCGGAUCAUGUCAACCUCACUGAUUUGCUUACUGUAGCAGGCCCAUUCCACAAGUUCCUUGGCUACCUUGAAUCCACCAAAGUCAUUGAUACCUUCCAAAAGCAAGCCAACGAUUCUGAAGAGGGGAUAACCAUAUUCGUGCCAAAAGAUGGUGCAUUUUCAUCCCUCAAGAAACCUUCUCUAUCUAAUCUCACCAAGGGCCAGCUCAAGUCAUUGCUACUCUUUCAUGGCCUACCACAUUACUACACUCUAGCUGAUUUCAACGCCCUUAGCCAAAAGAGUCCCAUAACAACAUUUGCUGGUGAGCAGUACACUUUGAAUUUCACUGAUGCMUCCGGCACCGUGCACAUCAGCUCCGGCUGGACCAACACCAAAGUGAGCAGCAGUGUGCUUUCGACCGAUCCCAUUGCAGUUUAUCAAGUCGAUGAUGUACUCCUUCCGGAGGCAAUCUUUGGAACUGAUAUCCCUCCCGCCCCAGCUCCAGUACCGAGUCCCAAUGUCGCUCCUGCUGCUGAUUCUCCAUCUGCUGAAACUGAAGGCAGGACUUAUCCAUCAUCAAUGGGGUCGCCUUCUUCUUCCUUCAGGAUUUCUGGWGGGGGGCUCUGCAGCCAGUUGGUAUUAGCAGUUUCAAGUGGAAUGCUCCUAUUCUCGUGAGGAAGAAGGAUAAAAUGUUGUAUUGUUACUACAGUUUGUUUCUCUGUGUUUCAMUUUUGUUUAAUGCAAUGAUGUGAAGCUACUAUACUUACAAUUCUUUAAUGGAAUGGCAUACUAUGGUUGAGUUAGAUUCAUCUUUCUGUUAAUAAAGUAAACAGGAAUCUGAAGCACCAGAUAUUGCUCAGAACAUCAUUUUCCAAAGACAUGUUUUAAAAGGUAAAGAGAAACUGAGUUAAACAA